AAAUUCACCUCCAGMCACUUUUUCUCACUCCUUGGAUCACCYCUGGMAGCUGCCAUGUCCCGCCAGUGCACYGUGAAGAGCCAGACCAGAGCUGCYUUCAGCGCCGCCUCUGCCUUCAUCCCCAGCAUCUCCGGCCACUGCCCACGCCCUGUGCCCCAUCCCAGAAGCUGCGUGGCCACCACUGGCCAUGGMAGGGUCACUGGAGGCUUUGGGAGCAGGAGCCUCCAUGGCCUCAGCGGGUGCCAGAGGAUUUCUGUAGCCGGGAGAAGCUCAGGGUUCUGCGGAUCUGCAGGUUUUGGUGCUGGCACUGGGAUCUCCUGCGGGUUUGGCGGGGCGGUUGCCGGUCCUUUUGGGUUUGGUGGUGGCCCUGGGUUCCCYGCUGUCCCAGCCGGGGGCAUCCAUGAAGUGUCAGUGAACCAGAGCCUUCUGAAGCCGCUCAACCUGGAGAUCGACCCCAACAUCCAGAGCAUCCGCAAGGAGGAGAAGGAGCAGAUUCAAACCCUCAACAAUAAAUUUGCCUCCUUCAUCGACAAGGUCCGGUUCCUUGAACAGCAGAACAAGGUYCUGGAGACCAAGUGGGCCCUUCUGCAAGAACAGGGGAACAAAACUGUGAGGAAUGACCUUGAGCCCAUCUUCGAGACCUAUGUGAACAACCUCAGGAGGCACCUGAGCAGCUUAAUGACAGACAGGGAGAACCUGGAAGGGGAGCUGAGCAAGAUGCAGAGCCUGGCUGAGGACUUCAAGGGCAAAGUUAAUUUGGGAUUGGGAACACACACACAUUUCGGGUACGAGGAGCUGCAGGCCACGGCUGGCCGACACGGGGACGAUCUCCGGAACACCAAACAGGAGAUUUCGGAGCUCAACCGCCACGUCCAGCGGCUCCGCUCCGAGAUCGACAGCGUGAAAAAACAGGUGGCCGGGCUGCAGACGGCCAUCGCCGACGCGGAGCAGCGCGGGGARAUGACCCUCAAGGACGCCAGGGCCAAGCUGRMMGARCUGGAGRWSGCCCUGCAGAAAGCCAAGACUGACCUGGCCCAGCAGCUCCGCGAGUACCAGGAGCUCAUGAACGUCAAGCUGGCCCUGGACAUCGAGAUYGCGACCUACAGGAAGCUGCUGGAGGGCGAGGAGAGCAGGCUCUCGGGGGAAGGUGCCGGCACAGUGAACAUCUCUGUGACCAGAACCACUUCAGGAGCAGGAUAUGGAARUGGGAACUGCCUGAGCUUCAGCAGCAGAGCUGGAGGUGGGGUCUGUGCUGGGAUGGGAGCAAACUCCAGCUCCGGGAGUGGACACGGCUCCUGCAUGGUUGGAGGGAGCAGCUCCAGCUUCCAGUCCAUYUCCACCAGCUCUUCCAGCAAGAGAUGCUACUGAGGAACUGACUCACCCGGCUCCUUCAAAAGAUUUGGAAAUCAAAUCUAUCUGUCACUAUUUAUAAAAACCUGCUGUGCUCCCUUUUGUUCUUUCACCCUCGACAUUCCUCAUUUCCCAGUGUUUGUCUAAUAAAAGGCACGUGGAAUUAA